GGCGCGUUGUGAUACGCGCACAGCUGUUGUUUACCGACAAAUGCGUGUCAAAGAAAAAUAACUUUGGCCCUGAAUAAUUUGGCAUUGGUGGAUUAAAAGGAUUAAUAAUAAUGUAUCACGCAUUUGUGUUUGUUAAGUGAACGAAAAAACACUGUCAAAUUAUAUUACCAACAACGUCAAAAUAUCAUUCACAUAACAACAAAAAUAAAUCAAUUUCUCUCUCUCUCUCUCUUACUCUCUUCUCUCUGUGUUAUAAUAAUAAUUCAUAAAUUAAAGAAAAAAAAAAACACAAACCAGUUAAUCAAAUUAAUAAAACUGCCAAUUUUUAUAAUUUUUCAACGAGUGUUGUGAUUUAUUUGUUAGAAAUUAAAAAAAAAAAAAUACGUAAAAAGACAAAGUGAAAGAUAAAAAAAACAAAAAACAAUUGUAACAGAAAGUGAUAAUGAAAUUAUACAAAAUUAAUUUAUAAAUAAGAGGAAUGGUUCAUGUCCAUGAGAUUAUUUACUUAACCAAGUAAUUCAAGUAUCCACGGUCAAAGAGGACAGUGAGGUGGAUAAAGAGUAUAAUAAAAAAUAUUAUAAAUAGAAGAAUAUAAAAAAAAAAAAGAUGAACGCACGAACACAAUUAUUUGAAUUAAGUAUGGAGGGUCGUCAAGUUGAUGAAGCAGUUGCAAGUAUAUUUCACAGUGUCUUGUUUCAUCGUAGCCUUGGAAAAUUUAAAUAUAAACAAGAAGGUUUAUAUUCAGUUGGUACAGUUGGUUAUCAAGAUGUUGAUUGUGAUUUUAUUGAUUUUACAUAUGUAUGCUGUUCAUCAAUACAUCUUGAUCAAACAUUAAAACGUGAAAUAUCUGGUUUUUCUGAAGCACUAAGAUCAACAGAUAGUCCAGGUUCUGGACAAAUAUCACUUGAAUUUUUUCAAAAAAAAAAAAAUCGUUGGCCAUUUCAACCAGAAUGUAUACCAUGGGAAGUAUGGACAGUUAGAUUAGAAUUAAUUAAAUUAGCAACUGAACAUGAACGUCAAAUAUGUCGUGAAAAAGUUGGUGAUUUAUUAACUGAUAAAAUAUUAUAUAUUACUGAAGUUAUGAAUCGUCAUGAUUAUUUACCAACAAUGCCUAAUCAAGCUGAAUUAGAUUUAAUAUUUGACACAUCAUAUCCAGAUAUACAACCAUAUCUUUUUAAACUUUCAUUUACAACAUCUGGACCACCAUCAACGACAAUGGGAAAUACCAUGAAAAAACUCAUCAAAGAAACAUUGUCCAUUUAGUUGUACAUUAUAUUUAUAUUUAUUUAUAACAAUCAUUGAUCUCAAUUAUUAUUUAUUAUACACAAUGUGUUUUUUUUUUUUUUUUUCGAAAAAAUUCAUACGAUAAUCAAAGAUAAUAAUAACAAUUACUUAUCUUUUUUUUUUUUGUUUUCAUUUCAUUCAGAGAUCAAUUAAUUAAGUGCAUCAACUGAUUAGUACAAACCAUUGUGAAUUUUUCCAUUAAUUUUCUUUUUUUUUUUUUUGUUUUUAUUCGUGAGCUUUGAAUAACAAGAAAAAAAUUUUUCAAUAUAAAUUUAAUUUAAAGAAAAAUAUGCUAACUCGCUGCCUAGAAUUAAUAUUUUCUUUUUAUAAAUAUUAAUUGCUUAAUGCAUAUUUAAAUGUGUGAUUGAUGAUUUUGUUUUUUUAUUAUUAUUUUUAAUUUCUAUUGAUCUUAUGGAAUUGGGAUGUGUUAAAGACAGAUAAAUAUUCUUGUUAAUUCAAGUGUUGAGUGACACUACUUGGAACUUACUUUGAUGUUUGUUGCAAGAUGAAUUAGGUCAAAAUAUAUAUUUGAUUAUGUUUAUCCGAGAGCUAAGUUUGCGGAUGUUGUAAAUGAAAAUAAAAAAUGACAUUAAAGAGUCAGUUAGUUGAUGCAAGAAUGGAUAAAAUGCCUCAAAUAAAUUUACAAUAUAUUGUAUAUAUUAAUAAUUUUUUUAAAUAACACAUAAGUUUGUUUGAUUUUUGUUGAAAAAUUUAAAUAAUUGGAAAGUAGGUAAAGCUCAUUUGAAAAAUUUAAAUAAUAUAUUAUUUAUUAUUUACAAUUAAUAUUAAUUUUUCAAUCAAUAAUAUAUAAUGUAAACUUUGUAAAAAAAAAAUAAUAAUAAUUUUUUUUAUUAUUUACUAAUUUAAAGCUAAUUGAUAAGUGUAUUUUUUUAAUAUUGAAAAAUAUUUAUAUUCAGCUAAUCUUGAUAAUCAAUGAUGAAAAAAAUUUUUGUACUUGAAUUAAGAAUUUAACAACGAUAUUAAUUAAAUAAUAAUAAUAAUUUAAAAUUAAUUUUUGUCUAUUUAUAAUAAUAGAAUUUACAAUUGGCAGUUUAAAAAAAAAUUCUGGAAUUUUUUUUUGUUGGGCUUUACUGGAAUCCAUGAUAAAAAAAAAUCAUUAUAAAUGAUUAAAAUAAUUGGAAAAUAUUAUAAUUUAAUUAAUUCAUCAUAGAUAAUAAUAUAAUUUAAUAUCAGAGUUUCAUUUGCUGUAAAUACGCUCAUUUUAUUAACAAAAAAAAAUAAUAUAAUUACUCAAUUCUAAAUCACCUGAUUCUCUGAUAAUAAUUAAAUAUAAUUUCACGAUAAUUAUUAUUAAAUCUUUGACUGUAAAAAUAAUAAACACUUGGUCAUGUGUUUUUUUUUUUUCUGUUUUA